CUGGAUCAGAGAUGGAGGCGGGGCCAGAGGAACAUUCUCUCUUCAGAGCAGGAAUCAAAACAAGAGAGGGACACGCCUUCUUCAUGGUGUACCUCUGCUGUCAAGACUGCCUGCACAAAUCUGGAGGAUGAUGAUCGAACUGUAACAUCUGCAUCCCCCGUGCAUUCCGAUUCGCAUUGGAUUCGUCAAGCACCCUCGACAUGAUAUCCGCACAAAUUCUCGGUGGCUGUCGCUGACAGGCUGCAUUCAUACUGAGCGCACCAUCAUGCCCAACCAAAAAAGCAACAAGGGGAAGAGAAAUAAACGCACGAACAGUAGCGGGGACGAGCAAGAAAAUGGAGCCUCUGCGUCUGCGGUUACAGGAGGAACUGCCUCGGUGUUGACUGGAGCGACAGCGGGUCCGCCGAGCGACAAUAGAAGCGAGGCUCCAUGUGCCACCCCAUUAGUGUGCAGUCUGGGCCGUCCCGUUGACCUUGAGAAGGACGACUACCAGCGUGUGGUGUGCAACAGUGAAAUCUGCCCCUACAGCAAUUGGAUGCACCUGCAGUGCUUCUAUGAGUGGGAGAGCAGCAUCCUGGUGCAGUUCAACUGCAUCGGCCGGGCCCGCAGCUGGAACGAGAAGCAGUGCCGACAAAACAUGUGGACCAAAAAGGGCUACGAUCUGGCCUUCCGCUUCUGCUCCUGCCGCUGUGGCCAGGGACACCUGAAAAAAGACACAGACUGGUACCAGGUGAAACGCAUGCAGGACGAGCGCAAGAAAAAGGUACCGGAGAAAGGGAGCGGGAAGCCCAGCAGUUCUGCCUGCGUAGGUGGUGCAUGCGGCGGAGGUGGUCCGGAAGCUGCCGAUGAGCCCAAGAAAGGGAAAUCAUCUGCAAGCCAUAAGCUAGCGCACCGCGGCUCCAGUCAGGAACUGUCUCGCAGACAAUCGGCAGAUUGGCAGAACUGUCUGGAGAGGUGUCACGCUGGUCUUCCCAAUGCCGCCAGCGGGGUUUCCCACGGGCUUCUCUCCCCUUGCGAAUCCCCCGCUCAGUCCCCUCCGUCGGUCUUCUCCUCCUUCUGCCCCCAGUCCCUCGGUGGCCCGCGGAGUUCGAGGCACCUGGGCGAGUUUCUUAAGAACGCGGUUCAUAUGGAAGGCCACAGGAAGCAUUUGCUGUCCGGAGGUGGGGUGGCACAUGGCGGGGCUCAAUUUGAGCAGGGAGCCACCAACAUGUGCCUCCCUCGGCUUUCUCCCGGAGACAACUCUGUGCAGUUCUUGAGGAGGCUGGAUCUUUCUGAGCUGCUCACGCACGUUCCACGCCACAAGCUCAACACCUAUCAUGUGCGAAUGGAGGACGAUGCCCAGGCCGGGCAGGGAGAGGACCUCAGGAAGUUCAUCCUCUCUGCGCUCAGUGCGAGUCACCGCAAUGUGGUGAACUGUGCCCUCUGCCAUCACACCCUGCCCAUCUUUGAGCAGUUCCCUUUAGUGGAUGGAACGCUGUUCCUGAGCCCUUCACGCCAUGAUGAGAUUGAGUAUGAUGUACCUUGCCAUUUACAAGGGAGGCUGAUGCACCUUUAUGCCAUCUGUGUGGACUGCCUGGAAGGAGUGCACAAAAUCGUGUGUAUAAAGUGCAAAUCCAGGUGGGAUGGAAGCUGGCACCAGCUGGGCACAAUGUACACAUAUGACAUACUGGCUGCAUCACCAUGCUGCCAGGCCCGGCUGAACUGCAAGCAUUGUGGGAAACCUGUCAUAGAUGUACGUGUGGGCAUGCAGUAUUUCUCUGAGUACAGCAAUGUACAGCAGUGUCCUCACUGUGGCAAUCUGGACUAUCACUUUGUAAAGCCAUUCUCCUCGUUCAAAGUUCUCGAAGCUUAUUGACAAAAGUUGCAUUUGCAUGCUAGUAUUUUCCCCUGUUUUUUCUAUUGAUAGAAUUACUUAUUUUGGGCUCUUGUCGACACUUUGUGUGGAAUUAGGAACAAAAUAGAAAGAAUCAAAGCAUAUGAUGCUGAUCGACGGAGAGCGUGUCUUUUAUUAAGGGAAAGAGGGUGUGCUUUUGCAUAUAUUCUAACGCCAUCCUUGAAAUGUUUGAGCUUGCAUUUAAAAAACAAAGCAACAAUACUGUGACAAGUGAAUGUAUCUCUGUAUGCCAAAUUU